CACACACAGACUCAAAACACUUUGCAAGCCAACAAAACACAUUUGCUGAAAGCCCUUUAAAAAGCCAAAAAGCCAAUUGGGCAAACUCAUUGCAAACAACAAACAAAUUUGCUGAAAACCACAUCCCGGGAACUCACCGUGGAAUUGACGUGCGUUCAUUGUUAUUCACAGCUCAGAGAGCCGUGACCCUCUUGCUUCCUCCGUCUCGCAGAGACUGAAUGAGGCACGACACUUCCGGGUCCCCCCCUGCCGCUAGCAGAGAGAAUGGCAACAUUUUAAAAAAAUAUGAACAUCUCUCUGAUUUUUCAUUGAUGGGAAAAAUCCUCCAGUCCAGUCCGGCGGAGGGGGACUCUGAGUGAUGGUGGCCAAAAAUGACGUCCGUAAGUGGCGGCGUUCUCUCGGAAAUUGCAUCACAGUAAGUCAAAAGCGGUCAAGAUCAGACUUUUAGUAAUAUAGAUAUAAGUAUAUAUGUGUAUGUAAUAUAUAUAUGUAACUAAUAUAUGUCAUCCACUGUAUGUAUACUACAAACAACAAAGGUCUCAGCAUAGAUCUCUGCCGUUCACCAUUUGUUAUAGAUUUCAAGUUAGAGGAGCGCCCAUUCACUAUUACCCUCUGCUUCCUAUAUCCAAACUAAUUUUAGAUACAGUUUGCCAACAUGUCUCUGAUCCCUUUUGCCUUAACAUUCGGAUUCAGUCCACCAUGCAGGAGCUUGUCAAUAUCGAUUUAUUUCAAAGUAUUUUUGUCCAAACCAAUGAUCUUACACGUUGAAGAAUUGAAGAAUAUGAAAUGGAAAAUAAAUCCCUGGGUUGUUGGCGGGCAAAUGGAAAAUGACAAAAAUCAUCAAAUAACCUUGGCCUGGAAGAUGGAAAAUUCUGUUUGCAGCCAGAGCAUUAUAGAAGCUGGAGUGAUAGGAUAUAUACAAGCGGAGUAUACAUAUAAGCAGAGUUCUGCUUGAUAAACAUUCUUCUUCUGAAGCCACAGACAUGUAGCCACAGACAACCAAUUUAUGGUUAUUUUAUACAUCUUCCGAUCUUAAAUCUUCAAGUUUAAAUUCAACACGGGUAGCAAAAUCAGUGGCUGGGAAGACAACUGUGACAAUAUAUUUUAUCAUUCAUUUUUCAUUGAAAGAACAUGGAAAAAAAAAUCAUAUUACUCUGUAACCUUUUCAAAUUGACAAGUCAUAAUAAGUUCAUGUCUUUUAAUGUGUUUCUAAAGGGGUUUUAUUCACCACGACCACUUUAAAGCUACUCAUUAGCUCACAUUGCAUUUGGUUACAUUUUGCAAUUUUCAAAACAGCCGCAAGAUUUUAAUGUUCCAACACAGCCCAGGAUUCACUCACUGUUGGUCCAUUGCUGAUUGUGAGGCUCUUUUUAAUCUGUAUCAUUGAGUUACAUUCAAUCAGUAUCUCAUUGAAACUGUGGCAGUGGUUUCCAUGCAUGUUCAAAAUGAAUAGCUGUUAAGUCCACAGUAAUGAUGGGGAUUUUCUAACCAACACAGGAAAAACGCAGACUGCAUUUGAGAAACUGAAGCUGAUUUUAAAGAGAAAUGUGUAUUUCAAGAACCCCUUUCAGAUGCUCAGCGUUUCCCAAAGCAGCUCGCAGUCAAUACAUCCCAUUCUGAAAAGGAGCAAUGUUGUUUUGCAGGAAGCAACAAGCAAACUCUCAAUGAACUCAACAGGUUGAGCAGCAUCUGUGGGGGGGAAAGAAAUGUUGAUGCUGCUCCUUUCUGAAGCAUGGUGGCACAUUGCUGGUCACAGAGGAGGAACUACUGGCAUCCAAUACAAUCGCCCAGCCCAUUUAAAUCUCCUUUCCACCUGUAAAUCAAUCUAUUUCACUUGGGGGAAAAAAAAGACACAAAGUGCUGGAGUAACUCAGCAGAUCAGGCAGCGUCUCUGGUGAACGUUGAUAGGUGACUUUUCAGGUCAGAACCCUCCCUCAGACUGAUUAUAGGAGCGGGAAAAGAAUGGUGGAAGAGGAGAGGGGCAUUGUACUUGUGUUUGGCUUGAUUGUCUUUGCGUAUAAUAUGAUCUGAUCUUAUUACAGGUCAGGUUGGAGGGAGCUUCCCCCCCCGCACGAGUACCAUGUAAUCCUGUGCUCCCUGCUCCAUGGUCAGAUAGUCGGCUACUAAACUGCCUCCCCCACCUGGUUUGUCAGAUGAGGAGGAGGCUGUGGACCCCAAGCAGGACCAAAAACACGACCUGUCAAAGGGCGGAUGAGCUUCUAGCGAGCCAGUAGCCAUCCACAUUACAGUAGAAGUUGCGAUCACUGUCAUACAUAACAUUGUAAGGAAUGAUGAUAAAGCACACACACCAAAAGCCUAUACUUCCAGCGGCGGAAGUCCGCAGGAACUGGAGGACAGAGAUGUGUGGUGUGUCCAUUACCGUUCUCGUUGGAAACCAGCACCACUGCGUCACUAAUGUUUCCAACGAUGAUGAAUGAAUGAAUGAUCUGAUUGCACAGCAUGGAACAAAGCUUUUUGAUCUGACAAUAAUAAACCUAAACCUAAACCUACAAACAUGCUGCUUGAUCCAUUGAGUCCCUCCAACAGUUUCCCCCUCCUCAAUAUUCUAGCAUCUGCAUUCUCUGGUGUAUCCUUGUUAUUUUAAAGUUAUAUACAUACAGUGAGAAUCAAACAAUGACGGAAAAUGCUGUAAACAUUCAACAGGUCAGGCAGCAUCUGGGGAAAAUUAACCACUUGGUUAUCAAUAAUCUAUGUCUGCUUAAAAGAUAGAAAAGACUCUUGUUGUUUGUAGAUGGUUUAUGCAUGCAACGUAUAAUGUGACCGACGUGACCAGCCUGCAGCGUUUCCUGGGCAUGGUCAACUAUUUGGGGAAGUUUAUCCCCGACCUCAGCGAGUUGAGUGCACCCCUGAGGCAACUGACGAAAAAAAACAUUGCCUGGUCCUGGUUUCCCCAACACCAGCAGGCUUUCGACUUUCUCAAAACAAAGCUGAUCAGCACACCGACUCUCAAGUUUUUCGAUCUGCAACGUCCGAUUGUAGUUACGUGUGAUGCUUCCCGCUUCGGACUCGGUGCUGCCUGCCUGCAACUCCAUGAUGACGGCUCGCUGCAGCCCAUUUCUCAUGCCUCGCGUACCAUGACAGACACUGAGCAGCGCUAUGUACACAAAUCGAGAAGGAGCUUCUUGCGGUUGUAUUCGCCUGCUCCAAGUUCAAGGACUUCCUUUUCGGUACCAGGUUCACCGUCGAGACGGAUCAUCAACCCUUGGUGACCAUCCUCAAUAAGCCCAUCCACAUCGCUCCAGCCAGACUCCAGCGCAUGAUGCUACAGCUCCAGCGGUUCGACUUUCUGAUCGUGUACAAGAGGGGCAACGAGAUGCAUGUGGCCGACGCGCUGUCCCGGGCCCCCCCGGUCCUCCUGUGACAGGCACCCCUAUGAGCAGGAGGAUCUGCAGGUACUAAAUGUCAACUUUGUUCCCUCUAAGCAGCUGCAGUGCCUGGUUGAGCACACCGUCAACGACCCCGACCUGCAACAGCUCGCAGCUGUCAUCCAGCAGGGGUGGCCCAGCAGAUGCACCUCACUGCCUGCGGGUGCCCACCCUUUCUUUCUGGUCCGCGACGAGCUUGUGCUCCGGGACGGCAUCAUCAUCAAGGGUCACAAGGUGGUCGUCCCUGCCUCCCUAUACGACUUGUACUACAACGCUGCCCACAUGGGGCAUCCCGGAGCCGAUGCCACCGUCUCACAUGCCCAAGAACAAUACUAUUGGCCCGGCAUGGCCAAGUACAUUAAAGCCCGAGUAGCCUCCUGUCCUGAUUGCAACACUCUUGCCCCACAUCAGCAGCGCCAGCCACUUCUGCAGCACGAAUGGCGAGGCAAGCACUAACUGGUGUUGGUUGAUUCAUACUCCAACUGGUUCGAGGUGGAUCUUCUCCCUGCUAUCACCUCUGAAAUGGUUAUCAGUAAGCUGCGCAGACAUUUUGCUACCUUCGGGUCCCCGGUCCGCUUACAGACCGACAACGGCCGUCAGUUCACCAGUUCAGAAUUCCAGGCUUUUGCUGCGAAGUGGAACUUCACUCACUAUACCAGCAGCUCUAAAUACCCGCAGAGCAACGGCCUGGCCGAGCGAGCUGUCUGCAGUGCCAAGAAUUUGCUCGAGCAGUCUCGUCUCUCCAAUGGUGACUUCUACCUGGGUCUACUCAACCUUUGCAACAUCUCACGGGACCCUACCAUGCGAUCCCCUGCCCAGCGUCUGAUGUCCCACAUGCUUCGCCCACCGAUGCCGAUCGCCCAACAAUCCCUGGUGCCCAAGGUCCUCCAGCCUGCCACCGUCCAGCAACGGAUUGAUCACAAGCAUGAGGUACAGUGCUGCUCUCACGACAAGUCCUGCCGCCCGCUCGCACCACUACUCCCUGUCCAGGUCGUCCGCAUGCAGACAGCAACCGGGUUCUCCCGACUCGCGACCGUUGUUGGUGUGGACGACUCCCCGAGAUCUUACCUGGUGGACUUUGAUGGAACUGUCUACCGCCGGAGACGCCAGCACCUAUUGGCCGCUAACGAGCCUCAGCCUCCUCCUGCGGAUCCCUACGCUCCUCCGUUGCGUUUCGAGCCUGCUGUUACUAAUUACCCCACAGCUCCCUGCAUGCCCCGGUCAGUUCGCUUGCCGCGUUCUCCUCCCUCUGCGCUUCCUGGUUUCGGGCAGAUGAUCUCCUCCCCUGCUCGUUCUCCUUCUCCUCCUUCUCCCCCGUCUCCUCCUCCUGGAUCACCCGUGCCGGCUGGGUCACCUCCCGCAUUCCCGGUUGGGUCCCCGCCUGCUUCCUCCUUCCCGGCUGCUGCUGCUCCGCCUCCUCUUCUAUCUGGUGGGGAGGGUGAUGGUGCUAUACGCACACGCUCGGGUCGGGUUGUAAAACCUCCUGUCCGCUACGGUGAUUUUGUUUAAAUUUGCAUGUGUUGUAUAAUCACACUGCCACUGUUAUAACUUCAAUUUUAGAUUUCCAAGGGAACGGAUGUAGAUGGUUUAUGCAUGCAACCUAUAAUGUAGCUACCUCAAUACCACUAACCACGCCCAGUCAUCUCAGUAUAACUGUGAUAUCUUCCCCUUACUCCUCCCUUGGUUCCAGUACGCCUGAAGACUAGAUGCAGUGAGUACUGAGACGUGUUUGACAUGUGCCUUUAUUAAAUACUCAGUAAAGUUACAGACUACCAGACUUGACUACUUUACAUUGUUCAACAACAAGCACUGGUCCAUCCUGUUUGAGGUACUCACAUAAAGAGAAGUGUUCAUUCAUAUGAGGAAGCUAGAAUGGAAGAAGCAAAGAGGAAAAGAAUCUUGAAAAUUGACACCAACUGAUGCUACAGCAUCUCUACAUAUCUGUCAGCUGUGUGGAAGGAUGUUUCGAGACCAGGUUCAACUGUAAAGAGAAACAUUCAACAAUAUAAAUGGAGGCUUCAAUCCAGCCUGGCAUUUACAGCAGCAACAUGACAAAGUGCUGACAGUGAUUUCCUCUGCUCCGGAACUGUAUCAUCAAAGCCAUCUCCACAGAAAUGACCUCAAACCUCCUUCUGGCGAAUUUGACUGUAUUUCAAAGUUAAAAUAUGCUCUGAGGAAAAGGAAGUGAUAUCACAGAUGUUAUUCAUCAAGCUAUGGGAUUAAAGAGCAGUUUGGCUUCAAGGGAAAACAGAAAAUUUGCCAUGGCCGGCAGAUCCUAAAAGACAACUGCGAGAACGUGCACUAAACAAUUGUUUGCGAGAAAUAAAUCAGAAACAAGAUAGGACGCAGGAAUUAGUAGUGCUUUAGAAAAGCAGCUCGUUGUUAGCAAAAAUACAUUUAGCUGUAAAAUCUGUGGCAUUGAAGCAGCAGCAUUUCUGCAUCUGACAUUAAGCUCGUGUCGAUUUCAAGUUUAAAUGUUGUGCUCCAGAAGAGGAUGAACACACAUCGGGGUAAUCUGGCUGCAUCAGAAAUGUAACCAGAGAAUUAUCUGCAAAGUAACUUUCACUUUGGAAGAAGUACAUUUUUCUCUUAUCAGUAAUAUCCCAGUAACUUAAGUACACAGAGAGGACAAGCCGCAGACUGAGCAUUAGUUUGUACAAAAUGCUUGUUAGCAAUAUUGCACACUAAUUCCUUUGAGGUUUCCUUUGGAAGUGAGAUAUUCGUUCAGAGUGACAUCAUUAUUUAUACUUUGCCUGAAGGAGACUGCUCAGUUUAAUUUAGUCUUUUUUUCUCUUUAAGUUAAACAUUUAAUGUUUUCAUGAAAACCUAGCCCAAAUCCCCUCCCUUGAUGGCUGUUUGUAAGUGCCCGCCACAGAGCAGCAGUCAACUGCAAAAGUGGUGUUAUUUCAACAGACCAGGAGACCUACACAGGCCUAUAAAUAUUAGUACAUCCUGCAGCCCAGCUGAGAGCUGCCAGCCGGCCUGUCAGAGAAACAGAGUCAGGACUUACAGACGCCAAGUUUCUGUCAAGGUCUGAACAAAUUAGCGCAGAAGGCAGCAACAGAAAAUGCAUGACGCUGUGCUUGAGAAGGGGUUCAGAAUUCGUGGUUGGUAGGGGGGCAGUGUAGUAAUGCUGGCGAUCGGAGGGGAGAGGGGAAUGUUGAAAUCUUUUAAGUCUUUCCCCUAUCCCUCCAGCAGUCUUAAAGAAUAACAUUCUUCUUGGAUUAAGUAACACAGAAUAUAGCUGGCUGGGAAUGCAAAAGAAAAUCUAUUACAAAAACAAAUAGUAGAUCUAGUUCUGGAACAAAGUUAUACUUGUUGAAUCUCUUCCCUGUGUUGAUGUUAGUAGAUUAAUUUAAAAUGCUGCAUAGGAUAUAAUGUAUGUACAACAGGCACAGGUAAAUGAAGACAUUUACAACAUUGGAUAAGAACAAGUUUAUGUGACUGAACAUGAUCUUCUAGAUGGGUCAUUUUUUAUUGCACCUUGAUUCUCCAAAGUGCAUCAAAAUUCAUAUGAGGAAACAGGGAAAGUUCUUGAGGAAAUUUGCCUGGUUGUAAUUUUGAUUAUUGAACUUCUGGGGAUAAUUUCCAAUUGUGCCAGUGGGUAAUGAGCUGGCAGAUAGUCUGCUCAUCAAUUGUAUUAUUAGCCUGAUUUUAAUCCUCCUGACAUGGGACAAACAGAAAAGGGCAGCUUUAUAACGCAGGCUAACUGCUCGGACCAGCUGCUGAAGCUGGUGCAUUCCUUUAGAUUAUGUGUCAGGGUGAAUAUUUUCACAACGCUUGCUGUGUUGGUUUAAGCUGCACAAAAGAAACAUUCUCACCAGUAUGGAGAGUUUGUGGCUUGGUAGGUUUCCUCACCAAGUUGGAAACAGUCUGCUCCAAAAACUUAGCUCAAGUGAUGACAGUAAAAGCUGUUAUGUUUCAAGGCCACUUCAGAUACUUUUUCAUGCCUGGUCCACAGGUCCCCUUCCAUAAGCUCCUCACCAUUCACAUGAACUGAAAUAUUACCUCCGUACACAAAUGAAUGCAGAAUAAUGUACCAGACGGAGAACAAUGAACCUUUUAUAAAUGAGCUACAUACUGAAAACAGUAAGGAUUACUACUACAAACUCAUGAUCUAUGUGACUGAGGAGCAUGCCAAUCUGAAAAGCAAUGAACCAGCUAUAACCAGUUUAUUAGAGAAGAAAUGUAAUAGAAGCACGAGAAUGUUGAGUUUAGUUUGGUUUAGUUUAGUUUAGAGAUACUCUGUGGAAACAGACCCUUCGGCCACCCUGUCCACAUGAACCAGCGAUUCCCGCACUCUUACGUUAUCCUACAGAUACUAGGGCCAAUUUACAAUUUUACCAAGCCAAUUAACCGACAAGCUGUGCAUCUUUGGAGUGUGGGAGGAAACCGGAGCACCCGGGGAAAUCCCAUGUAGGUCACAGGGAGAACGUACAAAUUCCAUACUGACAGCAAUCAUUGUCAGGAUUGAACCUGAGUCCCUGGCGCUGUAAGGCAGCACCUCCAUCACUGCACCGCCGUGCAGCCUUGUAUGGCAGAUUACACAAGUUUACAUUCCACUUUGCCCAUAUUCCAAAAUAUUAAAAA